UACUCGUAAUGAAAGGUUCGAAAAUAUUAAUCGACGCGUAGUGUUGUAGAAAUAGAAACUAGAAGUAUUCUAAUAGAAAGAUGUUUGUGUGAAUAAAAUCAUCUCCAAAGUGCAAUGGAUGAAACAAAAUUGUUAAAAAUCAUCCUACUAAGCUUGCUGUGCAAAACCACCCUUGGGGCACCAUUCACCUUCCCGGACAGCUCCCGCACCGAAAGCAACCGAAGCCGCGAAGCAACCCCCUCACGGCAGAGUGAAUUCGAAGGUCGCAGUAUUCGCGGCGGCUACGGCCCGCAGAAAUUUUCCGACUACAGCCGGUACAAUGUUUACGAGCACGAAUACGAUGACUUUCGAAGAUCAACGACCACCGUCGGUCCGUUUCUCACAACAACCAGGCAGUCGUACAACAAUCGCCAACCAAACGCGUACUAUAAUCGAUUACCGCCACCGAAAAACGAUGAACCCAUCGAGGUGGAAGCGGAAGAUGAUUAUAGUGAUGAGAACGUAGAGGAUGUACCGGAUCCAGUGACAUCGAAGCCAGGCACUGCGUCUGCAGCAGACUACAGUAGUUCCGGCUAUGGCAGUAGGCCGAGCACGUUCAACAAUUUAUUCUUCAAUGCGAACGACAAGUUCUUCGGACUGGGGAAUCUUUUCGGAGAAGAUCGACGCAAACACAAAUUUAAGUUUAAACGACGGAAACCUGGCCAACCGUGCAUUCCUUAUGAUCUCUUCAAUAAAUUAAGGUUGACUGGCCGCGAUGCAUACGGGAAUCGAAUCGACCCGAAAACGUUAUACCCUCCCUUGAACUUGGUACUGGCCGAUGUGAACUAUUAUUCCCCGUCGAACAAUUACAACGGUCAGGGAGGAUCUCACGAUACAGGUACAGGUGGCGGUGCAAUUUUCAAUAACAACUUCUACGAUGCCGUCGGUGGUUAUCCGUGUACGAGUGCGAAUUUCGGACAUAAACCUCAUAAGCCGCAUAAACCGCACGGUGGUGGACCACUCGGUUUCUUCGGUCAGGGUGGACUCUUCGAUUGGGCCCCAUCGGCUGAUGCUGUUCAGAGUGAUACGGGAGAAGGAGGAACAGGAGGCGGAGGAUCGUCCAACCGACCGACGGUUGUGUUCAAUCUGAACGAUGCCAUUGACACAGUGGCCACUAACUGGAAACCUGGAGAAAGCUUUCAGAACAUGAUGAAAGUGAUCGCUGAGUUCAUCACGUCGGUGGCCGGCGGCGUGCCGGCUGCUGCUGGAGAAGUAGUUGGGGAUACGGUCGACACAGUGAGGAAGGUUAACAGUGAGUUUGUCAGUUUGUUUACGUGA